AUGGGUAACAGGUCAUCAUUGUUGUUGCGAGAAGAAGAGAUCGCCCAAAUUCAAGAAGAAACUGGGUUCACGCCAAAUCAAAUCGAAAGAUUGUAUAGUCGUUUUACAAGCUUGGAUCGCGGCGAUUGUGGAACUUUGAGCCGCGAAGAUUUCCUCAGGAUUCCUGAAUUGGCUAUUAAUCCUCUCGGAGACCGAAUUGUGCACGCCUUCUUCGAGGAGGGAUGUGGUGAUCGUGUAAAUUUUUUGCAGUUCAUGCAAGUAUUGGCUCAUUUCCGUCCUAUUAAGAAGGGGCGGGACAAUAAGCUCAACUCCAGGGAACAAAAAUUGAAGUUCGCAUUCAAAAUGUACGAUCUGGAUAAUGAUGAAAAAAUCUCUCGUGAUGAGUUGCUGGCUAUUUUGCACAUGAUGGUUGGUGCCAACAUUAGUGAGGAACAACUGACAAGCAUUGCAGAGAGGACAAUUUUGGAGGCUGAUCAAAACGGGGAUCAAAUGAUUUCCUUUGAAGAAUUUUGUAAAGCUCUAGAACGCACAGAUGUAGAACAGAAGAUGUCAAUUCGCUUCCUUAACUGA